AUGAUGAAUUUCGAUAAUCUCUUUCGAUGUUUUAUAUUAACUCAAUCAUUUGUACGUGGUUGGGGAAAUACGUUUCAUUUACAAGAAGUUUUUACCUAUCGACGUGAAAAAAUUGGUGUUUCAUCUCAAGUAGCUACAGUUCAUUUUCAACUUGUUUUAUCACGUGAUCAUCGUUUUGGUAUUGAUUCAAUUCCAAUAGGAAUUUGUUAUGCUGGAACAGGUGAUCAUGGUUUUACUCGACGAAGGUUAUUUACUGCAGUUCCAUUAAUUAAUCAAUAUCCUAUAGGUUCAAUUCUUCUUGAAAAUUCAUAUUAUGGUUUAAGAAAACCACCAGAUCAAUCUCGUUCAUCAUUAUUGUAUGUUAUCGAUUUAUAUAUCAUAGGUGAAGUACUUGCUUUAGAAACACUUAUGCUACUUCAUUGGUGUCAAAAAAUGAAAUUAACAUCAGCUACUCUACAUGGUUUUUCUCUUGGUGGACAUAUGGCUUCAUUAGCAUUUACAAAGUAAGAUUCAAUUCUAUUAUUUGAUCUAUUUAAUGAAUGGAUAUACAGUAUCUAUCAUAAUUUCAAAUAAUGAUUCAAGUAGAGCAAACCAUAUUACAAAAAGAAUAUAAAUUAAA